AUGAAAUACCAAUUAUCUAUUAUUGGUGAUGAAGCAAGGCUAGAUUCAGUAUCAUUUAAUGCAUUUACGGUUUAUAUGGUUAACGUUACAAAUCAGAUAUCAAAUAAACAAUGGAAUAUAUUUAGGAGGUACAGUCAAUUUCACGAUUUAGAUUCAAAUAUAAAAGCAGCUUUUCCAAAAAUAAAAUUACCAAAAUUACCAAAGAAAUAUAUAUUUAAAAAUAGUACCAAUAGAGAACUAGUAGAGGAAAGAAAAUUAUUAUUACAGAAAUAUUUAACAGAUUUAGUGAAGCAUCCACAGGUAGAGGAAAGUGAUUGUUUAAUAUCGUGGCUUGCCCCGAAAAAUGAUCCCGAUUUUAAAUCAUUAAAUAACCCAGAUAAAAGUGGAUUUUUAAUUAAAGAAGGUCAUGUUAUAAGAAGUUGGAAGAAAAGAUAUUUUGUUUUAAAAGAUGGAUUAUUAUAUUAUUUUAAGCACCAAUCAGAUCCAGAACCUACUGGUAUGAUACCAGUAAUAGGAAGUGAAAUAAAAAGAGGAUUGGGAGAGACUGAAAGAAAAUACUCUUUUCAAAUUAUACCAAAGAAUGAAGCAUUGUUUCCAACAUUUUCAAUUCAAGCACGUAAUGAAAGUGAUUGUAAUGAAUGGAUUAAAGCAAUAGAGUUAUCGCAGCAAAGAUUUGAGGAGCAGGAACGUUUUAGAAUAGAGGAGGAGGAAGAAAGACAAAAGAAAAAUAAUGGUGCAAGAAUAAAAAAAUCAGGUUCAUUUGAAUUUUCUACACUUACAUCAGCAUCGGCUCCAACUUCGCCUGUACAAAGUGCUUCAGUACCAUCAUUGGACAAUAAACGUAGACCUCCACAAAAAUCAAAAUCCGAUUUAAAUUUAUCAAGUUCUCUUCAACACUUAAAUGUUAGCAUUGGUAUUGAUGAACAUGAUGAGCUUUAUAUAAUAAAUAAUACACCAACCACCUCAAUAUCCAGUGAUAAUUUACACGCAAUGUUAUUAGACACCCCUCCAUCAUCAUAUCAACCCUCAUCAUCCUCACAAUUACAAUUUCAACAACAAUCAUCAUUCAAUCAAAGACAAAUCAACACAAAUGGCUAUGGUAGAUCCGAUAGUACAAGCAGUAAUAGUACAAAUAGUAGUGGGGGUGGCAGUAGCACAAAUCUUGUUGGUGGUUCACAAUAUAGCAAUAAUAAACCAACUACUUCACAUAAAAAAAGUUAUAGUUCAACCAAUCCAAGUUAUAUUAGUCAUUUACAUUAUUUACAACAAAGCAAUAAUACUCCAUCCUCAUCUCCAUCCUCAUCCUCAUCUUCAUCAUCCUCAUCUGCAUCAUCUGCUUCAUCCGCAUCAUCACUUUUAUCAUUUAAUCAAUACUUUUCAAAACAAAAUCCAAAUAAUACUACAAUUACCAUCAAUAACAAUAGUAAUUUAAUAAAUACACCACCAUCUUCACCAAAUGUUAAUUGUGCAAAUCAAAAUAACAACCUUAAUAACAAUCUUAAUAAUAUUUUAAAUAAUGGAGCAUCAAGUGGCAACAGUAGCAAUAAUUCAACUCCAACUUUAUUACCAAAAAUUUUAUCACCAGUUCAAAGUAGACAAAGAUCUUCACCAAACACACAAUUACCUUUACCAAACCCAAAUAUUUUAUCAAUACCUAAAUUUUCAUUACAAGAAGAAGAUGAAUCAUUAAAUAGUAAUAAUAAUGGUAAUCCAUUAAUACCAUCAAUUAAAAUAGUGGUCGAAGAAAAACCAAAAGAUCAAGAAAAAACUAAAAAUAAAAAAGAAAAGAAAAAGAAAGAGAGUAAAUCAACAACAGCAAUAUCUACAACAUCAGUAACAGAUUUUAUACAAAAUAAUAGAAAAAGAGAUAAUAGUGCUGGUGGCAGAAAUGGUACAUUAAGAUCAAGAGCAUUAACAUUACCAGUUAAACCAAACGAAUCCAUUUUAGCAGCAGCAUCCGAUAACAAUCAUCCACAACAUCCAUCCAUCAUUAGAGAGAAAUUUAUAAGCAAGACCACUCGUUAUUCAUCAGAUGGUAGACCCAGUUUUGAUAUUAACCAAAAGUUGGUAUCAACUAAAUCAAGUGUAGAUAAAAAGAUUCAAAAUUAUAUUGAAACAGUUGUAGAUUGUACAGAUGGUAAUAAUAAUCAAAAUAGUGUAUUAAUAAUAUCAGAAAUUAAAAAGAUUUCAAACAAAAUUCUAAACAUGAGUGUUUACGAACAAAAAGAACAAAAUAGACAAAUUCUACACUCAAUUCAAGGUAUUUUUGCAAUGGCCAUAAAUAACAAAGAAAUGGUAUCCUUGGUUUCUAAAUUUUUAUUUAUUUUUUCUGAAUUUUCAAGAGUUGUAGAUGUUUUAAAUCCAGUUGAAAAGAAUUUAAAUAAUUUACAAUUUAAUUUAAAUAAUAGUGUAUAUAAUAAUAAUAAUAAUAUAAAUAAUAUAAAUAAUAUAAAUAAUAAUAUAAAUAAUAAUAAUAAUGUAAAUUUACAACAAAAAAAAUUAGAUCAAACAAAUCCUUUAUCAUUUAGUCAUGGUAUUUUACAACAAAAAAGAUUAUCAAGAAGUUUACACAAUUUUAACGACAUAUCAUUUUCUUCAUCUUAUCACGAGCCUAAAUUUAGUUCAAGUUUUAAUCAAUAUGAUGCAAUGCCACAAACAGUAUCAACAAGCGGGUCAAGUACUCCACCAACUGCAAACACCAGUGAAACCAGUAGUUUUAGUGAAACCAGUCAUAUUUUAUUUUCAGCUGUUACUGAAAGUCCAAUAAUACAAAAGAAUGAUUUAGCUUUAUCAAGUUCUUCAGUUUAUGAACCAAAUACUCCAAAUAGUAAUAAUAUUAGUGCUAUCAACAAUAACAACAACAACAAUCAAUUGGUAUUCGAUAAAAAUUUCUCUUCACCAAUCGCAGAAAAAAAGUCAAUUUUAACAGAUCUAUUAAAAGAAAAUUAUCAAAGAGAAGAAAUCAAAGCUAAUAAUACUGCAUCACCAUUAUUAUCCUCAUCAACAUUAUCGACCACUUCCAUUAACAAUGAAAUCGUAAAACCAGAAAAAACUUUUGUUUGUCGUAUUUGUGAAGAUUUAUACACUCAAAGUCAAUUAAAAAUUCAUACAUCAUUAUGUGUCUUGAUCAAUAAUAAUGAUUUUAAGCAAACUCCACAUGAUGAACGUAUUAUAUCCCUUAUUAAACUAGCUAAAGGAGGUCACCAAUACUAUUGCGAUUCAUUGGCUUCGCCAUCAAAAGUCGAAACAGAGGAAUCAUAUAAAUUAGAAGAUACCAUAGUCAACGAAUUGGAUUCCAUUUUAUCAGAACUUUUAUUUAUUCCAUAUGACGGUUCAGGUGAUUCAGCUCAGCAAUGCAAAGAUAUCAUCUACAGAAUUCAAUUAGUUAUAGAUGCCUAUCCAGACAAUCUUACACUCUUGACCUAUGGCAGAAGAAUUACUAAAAUUAUUGAAGAGAAAAGAGCAAUUUAUGUACAAUAUCAAAAUGCAAUGCAAAAUGCCCAAGCUUCAAACAAAGGUAAAAAGAGAUCAAUGUGGAGUUUUCUUCCAUUCAUUAAAUUAAUGACACCAUCGCCACAAAAGGAUUCAGUUGCUCAAAUUCCAUCACCAGUCAUUCCAGAACCACCAGGUGUUGGUAAAAGCUCAAGCAUCAGUAUUAAUGAUUUUGAAAUUAUUAAACCAAUUUCAAGAGGUGCUUUUGGUCGUGUUUACUUAGCACAGAAAAAGAAAACUGGUGAUCUCUAUGCCAUCAAAGUAUUAAAGAAACUUGAUACAAUCAGAAAGAAUAUGACCUCUCAUGUUAUUACCGAAAGAGAUAUCUUGGCUACUGUCCAAAAUGAUUUUGUUGUCAAAUUGUUUUAUGCUUUUCAAUCCUCAGAUAAAUUAUAUCUCGUCAUGGAGUAUUUAAUUGGUGGUGAUUGUGCUUCACUAUUACGUGCUCUAGGUUGCUUUGAUGAACCAAUGGCCAAACACUAUAUUGCCGAAACCGUUCUUUGUUUAGAAUAUCUCCACUCUCACGAAGUUAUUCACAGAGAUUUAAAACCAGACAAUAUGUUAAUCGAUGCAAAGGGUCAUAUUAAACUUACAGAUUUUGGACUUUCAAAGAUUGGUAUUAUAGAUGAUGAAAAUAAAAGAAAUAAUAACAACAGCAAUGGAGCUAUUAGCAGAAACUCUGAAGAUUAUCACCAACCAUCAGAACAUAACAGUGGAAAGCUUUAUUUAUCAAACUCACCAACCAAUGUAGAUGGUGACACUAGCGGAAUGAUGGAUACAAGUAUGAAUUUAAAUUCUAGCCAAACCAAUAUUUUAUCACCAUAUCCUCAAAGAAAGAAUACUCUUAAAACCCCAUUAAAGAAACCAGUAAAGAAAAUUGUUGGAACACCAGAUUACCUAUCAUCGGAGAUUCUUUUAGGUACAGGUCAUGGCACCCCAGUAGAUUGGUGGGCCCUAGGUAUUAUUCUUUAUGAAUUUUUAACAGGUUCACCACCAUUCAACGACGAAACACCAGAAUUAAUUUUCCACCACAUUCUUCAUAGAGAUCGUGAAAUCGAAUGGCCAGAAGAAAUUUCACCAGAGGCAAAAGAUUUAAUUUUAAAACUUUUAAAUCCAGACCCAUCCAAAAGACUUGGUGCCAAUGGUGCAACUGAAGUUAAACAACAUCCAUUCUUCUCUGAUGUCAACUGGGAUACCCUUGUUUCUCAAGAUAUGAGCGACCUCUUUUUACCAAAACCAGAUAAUGUAUACGAUACAGAUUACUUUUGGGAUAGACAGUCAAUGUAUGAUGAUUCAGAUGACGACUUUUUAAGCAACACCAAAAAGAAUUCAAAUUUAGAUGACGAUUCAAUUAUCAAUCAUGGUAAUGGUAGCAUAGAUUCUCAAAAUGAUGAUCAUAACCACUUAAUGUUAAAUGGUUCUGAUGGUGAUUCAAAGAAUGACUCUGACAGUUCAAACAAUAGAAAGCAAUCAAAUGGUUCAACCAACAAACAUUUAUCUCCAAAUAAAGCAACAAGCAUCCCAAACAACUCUUCAAAUCGCAAAGCCUUAGAAUCAUCCUCUGAUGACAUUGAAAAAAAUUUAGCAUUUGGUAAUUUCUCAUUUACAAAUAUUAAUCAUCUCAAAGAUAUGAAUCAUUUUUUCCUCAACAAUAAAUAAAUUUAAUAAAAUCCCUAAAAAAUUAUUGUUUUUUUUUUUUAAAUAAAAAAAAACAAUAAUAGUUUUAAAUUUUUGUACAUUUUUACAAUUUU